AUGGCGAUCUGUACAGACUCACGCACUGGCGAGCACCUCGCCACGUUCACUCGUAGGCCCGUGUCUGGUCUGUACACACUGACCACUGAGUCUGGACAGGUGGCAGGUCAGGUAGCUGCGUCGGUUGAGGUAGCUGCGUCUUGUUCGUGUCGUCUCCUCACGCACGGGACUCUCCUCUGGCACCACUGUCUUGUUCACCCCUCCUUGCCACGCCUGCGUGGCAUGCACUCCCGUCUCCUUGUGUCUAGCCUCCCUAGGUCCUUGCUCCCACUCCCGAGGUCGCUUGCGCCGCCGUGCCUUCCCUGCGUUGAGGGGCGGCAGCGCGCCGCUCCUCACUCCUCCUCGUUUCCUCCGACCACAACUCCUCUGCAGACCCUCCACAUGGACGUGUGGAGUCCAGCCCGCGUCACUGGACAGGGCGGAGAGCGCUACUUUUUGCUGGUUGUUGACGACUACACGCGCUACACCACGGUCUUCCCCUUUCAGAGCAAGGCGGAUGUCCGCAGUGUGUUGAUCCGCUGGAUCCGUGCUGUCCGUCGCCAGCUCAGCGCUCGGUUCCGGCAGGACCUCCUGGUCCUGCGGCUGCACUCUGACCGAGGUGGUGAGUUUUGCUCCCGCCUCCUCGAGGACUUUUGUGGUGCUGAGGGCAUCCGCCAGUCGUUCAAGCUUCCGGCCUCUCCGCAGCAGAAUGGGAUUGCAGAGCGUCGCAUUGGCUUGGUCAUGGAGGUUGCUCGCACCUCCAUCGUCCAUGCGGCUGCUCCCCAUUUUCUGUGGCCGUUUGCGGUCCGAUACGCCGCUGAGCAGCUCAACCUCUGGCCCCGUGUCUCCCACACGGAGACCUCCCCUACUCUGCGGUGGACGGGAGGGGUUGGUGACGGUCGGUGUUUCAGGGUCCUGCUCCCUCAGCGCGCUUGGCGGCCCCUCUUGGGUUUCCGCCUCGGCCGUCUUCACCGCCCCUGCAGCCAGUCGCUGUGGACUCUGGUGCUGCUGGAGGUGGUGACACUGGGGGUGCAGACUCUGGGGGUGCUGGUUCUGGGGGGUGCUGAGUGUCCUACGGGUAGAGGAGAAGCUGGAGGUGCUGCAGUUGGAGGUGCUGGAGGUGCUGGUGCUGGUGAUACUGGAGUUGGAGGUGCUGGAGGUCCUGGUGCUAGAGACGCUAGUGUUGGCGGUACUGGUGCACGUCGGCAAGAGACUCUCUCGCUCGAGCCGGAUCCGCGAGUGGGUUGUCCGCUGCUGGUGCUGGAGGUACUGGGGCUGCUGGUGCUGGAGGUGCUGGAGCUGCUGGUGCUGGAGGUGCUAGAGCUGGAGGUGCUGGAGGUACUGGAGCUGCUGGUGCUGGUGGUGCUAGAGCUGGAGGUGCUGGAGGUACUGGAGCUGCUGGUGCUGGAGGUGCUGGAGCUGGAGGUACUGGAGGUUCUGGAGGUGGUGGUAUUGGAGGUACUGGAGUUGCUAGAGGUGGAGGUGCUGGAGGUGCUGGAGCUGCUGACGUCACAGCCGCAGUUACUGCCUGGCUCUCCACGGCCUGCUCCUUCUCCCUACCCUGCACAGACAGGCUCCCUGGCAGAGCGUCGUGAGCCUGAGUCUCGUCCUGCCUCCCCCGUUCGACUGUCAGUCAUGCUCGUCGUUCUCAUCCUCCAACUGUCCCCGGCACGCACACUAUGA